AUGAUAUGUUAUUCAUCAGUGGACAUCUUGGCAUUUGUGGCUGCGGCAACAGGUGACCAGGGCGUCAUCGAGGUGUUGUUGGAACAUCGUCCACAAUGCUUUACAAGAGAGAUAUGCAAUGAACUGUUGUCUUUCGCAAUGAUGCAGGGUGGACCACACGAUGGAGUGAUCGAGAUGUUGGUGGAACAGCAUCAUCUGGCAGACUUUAGCACAAGAACAUUGUGGUCAGCAAUUGGUUGCAUUGGAAGUGUAGAGAUGUUUGACUAUGUAUUGGCACAUUGUCCAUUGACCAAAAGUCAACUCAACACAAUGUUUGGUCCAAUGUUGAAUCAAGCCUCAUUGAGCAAUCAGAUUGAUCUUAUCAAACAUUAUUAUACACAUCAUCAUGUUGGUAAUGAACGCCAAUCACUCAUCAGGUUAAGGAUACAAAUCAAAAAUACAGUGAUCAAUGGUAAUUUGGAGUUAUUGGAGUAUAUAUUCAAGAUUGUUGAUACCAAACAUGGAAGAGGUAGUGACAAUGUCAGGGCAUGUUGGAAAGAUAAUCUUGUGAUCUUGGCAAAAACAAAUGGACACGACCAAACUAAGAUGAUCGAUUGGUUACUCAAUCAAUUGGAUGAACAUAAUCGUAAACGUAUCAAGGAUGAUCUAAUACCAAUU